CCUAGCCCUGGAGACAAGUCAACAGGCAGUUACAGCUUGGGGAGCCCGUUGUGGGGUGGGGGGUAUGUCCCGGCUGAGACCGGGAGCGCCGGAGCCAGCUACCCAGGGCGGGUAUAAGCAACCUUUCGUACUUCAUUCUCCCAGCACGAAAUCCAAGCAUCUUCUGUGCUCCAGGCACUGUUGGGACAACUGCACCCAACCCCAGGCUGACCACUCUCAAUCAGGAACCGGGGAGGACCCAGAGGUGUCUCAGGGCGCGGGAGACAGGCGGACGCAGACUGGAUGAGUUGGGUGUGUGCGGGAGGGGAGCACACGGAGGCCUCGUUCCAGCCGGGCUCUAAAGGACCAGUGGGAAUUUGGUUACGGAGGGAAUGCGUGUCGGUGUGCGAGAAUCAUCCCAAGCCACGGCGUCUGUGGUGCCCAGGGGACACAUGGCCAGGGCUCAGAUCCUGGCUCACGGAUCCUUUCUGUGUGACCAGAGCUCUCAAAGUGACGGUCCUUGGGCCGUUUCCCACCCGCCAGGUGUAUGAUUUGCCCCACUCAGUGACGGAGCCUGAUUUCAAGGGUGAACGCCCCCGGGCAGGGCACGGCCUCCCUGUGCACCUCACCUCCGUCCCUGCCCCGCCUGGGCCUUCGGGCUCAUUCCCGGCCCAUCUGUCCUUCAGUCCUCAGCAAAAAUCCCCGCUUGACACCCUGUUCCUUGAAUGUCUCACCUCUUCUGAAACCCAGGGCUGCCUCCCAGGCUGCCGUGAGGACUUCAGGAGGGCGGGGCUGUAAGGAUUUGGCACAAUGCCUGGCCUGGGGCCACACUCAAGGGAGGGUGGUUGUCGGCUGGUGAGAGGAGGCCCGGGGGCCACCAUGUGUGUGUCCAGGGGCCUGUGCGGAAGGAGGGUUGCAGAGAGAGGUCAGGGUCAGAUGGCUGGGGCCUCGAAUACCAUCCUGAGCAGUUCAGAUUUCACAAACACUGGGGCCCACCGGAGGGUUUUACAGCGACCACCCCCCCCCCCGGGGACUUGGAGACAGUGGAGGGAGCUCCAGUGAGUUCAUCACCACCAGCAACUACAGCACCCACUGAGGACAGGACCCUUUAUGGUCCUCACAAAAAUUCUCCAAGGACAGCAAUAGCAGCAGCGUCCCCAUUUUACGAGAAAACGGAGGUUCCCAGAGGGGUCGUGGCCCGCCCAAAGCCACGCGGUGCGUGUGUGGCACAGCCGGGAUCUGAAUCCAGAUCUCUGGGACUCGGCCCCCAUCUGCCCCCCUGCACCAUGAUGCCUUUUCAAAAGGCUGCCAGCCGCCCUCCAUGCUCUGCCUGGGAGCAGAGGCGGCCGGACAGUGACGGGCGCCCAGGCGGGCAGACAGGGAGGGCCUCGGGCUGCUCAAGGCCGAGGGAAGAGGAGGAGGGUUUGAAGCAGGCUGCGCGACGCAGACGUCAAGGGCAGGAGGGCCCUGGGAGAAAGGAGAGCUGUGCGCCUGUCCCCCACCCUAAAGCAACGCAAGGUCACGGCCAGCCACUGGCAACGACAGAAAAGCACAGAGAAGAAACGAAACGCCCCCUCACCAGGCAGGGCCAUGCUGGCAUCUGCGGCUCUUUUCUUCUUCAGUCUUGAUCUGACCCCCCAACGCUUCAACAGGGAAGGAGAGAGACGGAGGGCUCUUGAGUACAGCCCCUCUGUCACCUCCUCUUUCCACAUACCUGUACUCUAUACCUGUGCCCACUUCGUCAGAGCCUUCCAGAACCCAAGUCUCAAUGCCCAGCAAAGCACAUCGCUGCUGAGAACCUGCUGGGUGCUCUGUCUCGUGGGGACAGGCUGCUCCCAGGACUUCCUCCUGAUGCCCCUAUUCCUGCCCUAUUUUCCACCCAGUAGCUCAAGGGGUCCCAUCAAAACUCAAGGUAGGUCACGUUCUUCCUCUGGUCCCCACCCUCCAACGUGGACCAGGAGCCCAGGUCCUCAAGUACGCCACCCUGUCCAUCUUCUACGGGCCUUCCCUGCUGGCUCUGCUUCCCCAGACGCACCUCGUCCACGCCCCUUGGCCUUGUUGCCUGCCGUCCCCCUGCGGACACUGCUCUUCGUCAGACAGCCUCACGGCCCACUCGCUCACCUUCCCGCCCUCUCUCCAAGGCCGUAUCAUCAGAGACACCUUCUUCGCCGAUCGCCGAGUCCACACUGAACACCCCUCCACCAGGUCUGCCCCGUCCCCUGUGCCCUGCUGUUUCUGAUACUGUGCUUGCACAACAAAUUACCCCAAAAGUCAGUGGCCUCCGACAGCCGUGCGGUACGCUCAGGGGUACGGACAGGGCACAGGCUGGGGGCUGGAACCUUCUGAAGGCUUUUGCUUCCUCAUAUAUCAGGUGGUUGAUGCUGGCGGCCGAGAAAACACCCACACGUGGCCUCUCCACGUGACCUAGACUUCCGAGAGCACAGUGCCUGGGUUCCAGGGGCGGACGCCCCAAGGCACCGACACAGAGCCACCUCGGGCUCCGGGCGAAGCCACGCCGCAACAACCCAGCCACACAACAUCGUGUCUGCCCCGCUCUGCUCAGUAGAAUGGAAGUUGCCCAGUUACUUCCUGUUCGAGUGAAGGAAAAGCGACCUCCGUGAUUUGUGGGAGGAGUGGGAGAAUUCGUGGACGUGUCCUAAAACUACCACACCCACUCUAUCCUUGUUUCCGGGGCUGGUUGCGGCCUGACUCGACGUGUAGGAUUGUCGCCCCACGAGACCGUCGGCUCCGUGAGGGCAGGGACUCUGCCUGGGCUUUGGUUACUGCUGCUUUUCCCAGGCCCUGCAUAGUGCCUGCAUAGACGAGGGCCCAGGAAGCAUCUGGUGGAUGCGGGGCUGAGGGGAGGCUUCCGAGAGGCAGCUCUCCACGAGGCUGUCCGCUUGGCUUAGUUCCUCCCAAGUGUCAUGACUGGCAGUGAACAGGGGCCCCCAGGCUGGACGGGUCCGUCUGGGCACAGCGCCAUCAUUCAUUGAGACGUUCCCGAGCACCUACUAUGUGUCCUGUAGACACCGGGGACUCCGCAGUGAGCAAGCCAGCUCAGGGAGCCCAAGCCUGGUGGGGGAGAAGGACGAGUCCCUGGCACGUGGUGACCAAGCCCAGGCACUGAUGGAGCCCAGCUGGGGGGACCCGAGAAGGCAGGGAGGGAGUAGCACUGAAGAGAGGCGCUGGGAUCCCCCAACAGGCCCCCUCCCCUGCCACCCGUUAACCCUGUGAGCGCUCUUCCCACGUCCCCCAUCCUCACCGCUGCUGAGAAGCCCGCCAGAGACAGCCGGCUCGGCUGGUGCCAUCUGUGAGGCCUUUUUUGUGUCAUCACAAUGGCCACACGGGGCUGUGCAAGAGCACUGAACUGGUGGCUGGGCCCCCCUCCAGGAACCCUGGUGGGAAAAGCUGGGUGUGAGGCACCCAGGGUGGCUCAGGAGAAAGCCUUCAGGAACAAGGCACAAGGCAGGGGCUGCGGCAGCCACGGCCUCAGCGCAACUGGGCCAGGUUUGGGACCGGGGACUCCGGUGACCUGCAGGGGCACACCCAUGUCCCCACCCAAAGGCACUCCCAUUCAAGACACCGGAGAGCCCUGAGCACAUGCCGGGCGAGACCCACUCAGGGCCGUGGGCUGGCAGGCCCUAGCAGCCAGCCAAGGGCAGGGGUGAGAGCUGCUGGGCCUGUGACCUCUAACGGCUCACCUCCUGCCUCUCGGAGCCUCCGGGGUCCCUCCUUUGGAUUAUUCCCACCCUCCCCCCCCCCAAGUUCUAUGGAAGAGGGAGAGCCUCUCGAGUGUCCUGGCUUCACGGGGGCCUGCCUCGUGAGGCGAGCGUUAUGAAGACUUGGAAGGAAGACACGCCGGGUCCAGUCUCAGCACCGCCCCUUGCCCGUGGCGUGGUCUUAGGAAGCUCUGAGGUCAUACCCUCAUCUGUAGAACAGGGGCCUCUGCUAGUUAUCUGUUGCUGUGUAGCCGGUGACUCUAGAACUUAGCAGCUUGAGACCUGGACAGACGUGUGUUCUCACUCAUGGUCUGUGAUCAGGGAUUCAGGAGAGGCUUAACUGGGUAGUUCUGCUCUGCGUCUUCCAUGAAGCUGCAAUCAGGAUGCUGGCCGGGACCGUACUCAUCCGAAGGCUCGACCGGGGCUGCCUCGCAUGGCUGUGGGUGGGAGACCCCCGUUCAUCUCCCCCGUGGGCUGCUUCCCCCACAGCAAGCGAUCCGGGUGAGACGGCCGCCAGCUCCAUGCAUUCGUCCCGCUACCCGAGCCCAGCCGAGCUGGACGCCUAUGCCGAGAAGGUGGCCAACAGCCCGCUGUCCAUCAAGAUCUUCCCCACCAACAUCCGGGUGCCCCAGCACAAGCACCUGGGCCGCACGGUCAACGGCUAUGACACCAGCGGCCAGCGCUACAGCCCCUACCCGCAGCACGCCGCCGGCUACCAGGGCCUGCUGGCCAUUGUCAAGGCCGCCGUCUCCUCCUCCGGCAGCGCCGCGCCUGCCGGGCCUGCCAAAAGCGUGCUCAAGAGCGCCGAGGGCAAGCGGACCAAGCUGUCACCAGCUGCUGUGCAGGUGGGCAUCGCGCCCUACCCGGCGCCCAGCACUCUGGGGCCCCUGGCCUACCCCAAGCCGCCCGAGGCACCCGCCCCACCACCCGGCCUGCCCGCGGCCGCCGCCACCGCCGCCUCCGUCAUCCCCCUGCCUGGCCGCGGCCUGCCCCUGCCGCCUUCCAACCUGCCCUCCAUCCACAGCAUCCUCUACCAGCUCAACCAGCAGUGCCAGGCCCCGGGCGCCGCGCCUGCCGCCUGCCAGGCCGUAGCCGGUCCCCACCCCAGCCCGGCCAAGCACGGCCCCGUGCCCAGCUUCCCCGGCAUGGCCUACUCGGCUGCUGCCGCCGGCCUGCCCGACUGCCGGAAAGGUGCCGAGCUGGGCCAGGGCGGCACGGCGGCCUCGACGUUGGCUGGGGCCACCAAGCCUGCAGGGUACGCCGACGGGGGCCUGGAUUACCUGCUGUGGCCGCAGAAGCCGCCCCCACCCCCACCCCAGCCGCUGAGGGCCUACAGCGGCGGCACGGCGGCCAGCAAGUCCCCCGAGGCGUGCGGGGGGCGGGUGUACGAGCGGGCCAGCGGGUCGCCCCUCAGCUGCGCCAUGGGGCUGCCCACCGGCUUCACCGUGGGCCAGUACUUCGCCGCCCCCUGGAACAGCGUGCUGGUGACUCCCACCAGCGAUUGCUACAACCCGGCGGCGGCCGUGGCCGUCACGGAGCUGGGGCCGGGGGCGCCCCGGGAGCUGGCGGGCCCCCCCGUGGAGGCCCUCUCGGGCCUGCCCAGCAAGAGCGUGUGCAACACGGCCGUGCUGAGCAGCAGCCUGCAGUCGCUGGAGUAUCUCAUCAAUGACAUCCGGCCGCCCUGCAUCAAGGAACAGAUGCUGGGCAAGGGCUACGAGACCGUGGCUGUGCCCCGGCUGCUCGACCACCAGCACGCCCACAUCCGCCUGCCCGUCUACAGAUAAGGCCUGCCCGGCGGACGCGUGGACAGACGGACAGGGCGUCGAGCGGGAAGGCAGGCCGCAGAGCAGGGUGGGCGGCGCACAGGGGCGCCCAGCCUCGCCCUGUGCCCGAGUGCCCGUGGGUGCCCACAGGGAAGCCGGGCGGGCUGCUGCCGUGCGGCCACCUGAUGGGGAGUGGCGGGGCCACCUUUCUCCCCAAGGCCCCUCCCUGCUAUCGGCUGCCCGAGGACACGGGGAGGGCCCAGGACCACCACUGACGUCCACCACUUCCUCCAUCCAAGCUGGCAGAGGCAGGGAGAGAGAAACCACUUUAAAACAGGAAUGGUUCUUGCUGGCUUUCCCAAGAGAGGGGCUCAGGCCACGGGGGGGACACAGGAGGAAAUGUGAUGGUCCAGAGUCAGGGUGGGGUCAGAGCAGCCCCCAGGGGUCAGAGAGCUCCUCCCCCCACGGGCUCCCCGUCUCCUGGAAAAGGAGCAGAGAGGGGGUAUAGGAAGUCACAGGGCCUACAGUGUCCCCCACUGGCCAAUCCAAGUGAAGACCACUCUGAGAGAGGCUCCAAGGACCACCAGUCCCCCUGCUCCUCCUCCUCUAGAUUCUCCUUCCCUCCUCCCAUUUCUUCCCCAAACAGAAUUACACCCCCAUCCCCACCCUCCAGACCCCGUACUACCACCAUCCCCUUUCUCUCCACAUCUUACAGGGCUGCUGGGCACGGCUGUACAGGCUGUGCACCGCACAAGGGCACCUCGUCCAAGGAGACACCAUUUGCAUCCUAGACGUGUAUAUUUGUUACGGCAGUUUUCUGAAUCUUGAGGAAGGGGCGCCAUUUUCCUAUUCGCACAAAGGCACCACAGGGGCUGACGGUGGGCCUGCCAUCUUAGACACCAGUCAGAGGGACCCUGGCCUGCCUUCCUCAGGGGUUCUCCUCAGAGCCAGUGAGAGGCAACCUACUGGUUUUAACCGGGAGACCCGAUCCAACGCCCUUCCUGCAAGCUGCCCUCCAAGGCCCACCCCACACCAUGGGGAGGCAGGCAAGGAGCCCCCUCUUCGGUCCCCAAGUCCCGGCCCCUCUGGCACUCCGGAAGCGGUACUGUAUCUCUCCAAGGCCUGUUCGAGCACUAAGUGCAUUUACAAAUCUCUGAGAAUGUUUUUUUUUUAUACUAAAAUUGACCAUUAUAUUCUACUGUGAGAAGUGCAGUCUGCACUAUAUUGUUUUAAAAACGAAGAGAAAGAAAAAAAAAGGAAAACACAGAUGGUG